AUGCGACAAUGUGAGACCCGGGACUGUGUACAGUUCUACGUCGGAAUCAGAGUCGACCUGCUCGGCAACCGAUCUAUUCAGCCAGACCAGUAUGGCAGUAGCGGCGCCGACAACGCGUCUGACUCUGCUAUGAACUCGGAAGACUCAUCAGACGACAAAUGGUUCCGUUGCAACGAAAUGUUUACAGGUCACGAACAACCGACAGUGAGGGAGAUGCACGUGUACAAUGACAAGGACAAGAUGCUACAAUCCCAGCCCUGA